GAGAACCUCACAAACCCCGAUGGCAGCAUAACCUCAAAAUGUCAAACCAGACGCUCUUAGACAUCUUCCUACUAUGGACGGCAGCAAACAAGAGCAUGAGCAAGCACGACCUGCUUCUCAUGCUGAAGGAGCAUUCCCUGAAGGACGGAGGCCGUGAGGACCUGGAGUCCGUCCUCGAGGUGGCCAUCAAGGACGCCCAGAGCACCCUCAACUUGACCUUGAAGACCGACUCGUGCGGGUAUUGCGAUGGAGACUUUAGAGAGGUCAUGAUGGCGUAUAACAGGAUACACGGAUACGUCAGUCUUGUUGUGUGCACGGUGGGCAUCCUGGCCAACCUGCUGAACGUGGCGGUGCUGACGCGGCGCGAGCUGGCGGCGGCGCCCAUCAACCGCCUGCUGAAGUGGCUGGCCGUGGCCGACGUCUUCGUGAUGCUGGAGUACGUGCCCUUCGUCGUCUACCGGUAUCUGGUGUUGCCGGAGACGCUGGACUUCCCCUACUCGUGGGCGGUGUAUCUGUUGUUCCACAUGCACUUCGCACAGGUCCUGCACACCGCGUCUAUCUGUCUCACUCUCUCGCUGGCUAUAUGGAGAUACAUCGCUAUUAAGUAUUCCGACAAGAGCCAUAUUCUCUGCACGGAGCGGCGCUGCAGCAUCGCAAUCCUCGCGAGCUUCAUACUGCCCCCCAUCCUCUGUAUACCCACCUUCAUGGUAUUCGACAUCCACACGAAGCCGGUGUCGGACAGCAGCGGCCACGGCAUCGCGUACCACAUCGACGCGGACAAGCAGGGCCGCCUCUACCAGGCCAACUUCUGGGUGCACGCCGUGCUCAUCAAGCUGCUGCCCUGCUCCAUCCUCACCGUCAUCAUCGUGUGGCUCAUCCGCGCGCUCUACAGCGCCAACCGACACCAGAAGAACUUGAGGAACUACAGCGCCUGCCCCUCGGCGGAGAAGACUGCCCAGCGCCAGCACAAAGCUGAUAAGCGCACCGAUAGGACCACUAAGAUGCUGCUGGCUGUUCUGUUGCUGUUUCUAGUGACGGAGGUGCCUCAGGGCAUUUUAGGGCUCAUGAGCGGUCUGCUCGGCUGGUGCUUCUUCAAGCGCUGCUACGAUCUAUUCGGGGAGUUGAUGGACUUCCUGGCGCUGGUGAACGGGGCGAUAAACUUCGUGCUGUACUGCUCGAUGUCGCGGCAGUUCCGGCAGACGUUCCGCCAGAUGGCGCUGCGGCCGCGGCUGCGCUGGCGCGCGCCCGCCACCUCGCACGAGGACUCGCACAACCAGCACACGUUCACGGAUAAGGUUAAAAGAUAACCUCGCUUACGCUUUUGGGCGGCAAAAUAGAUCCGAAUAGGUUGAAGAGCACAGUGCCCUGAGGAAAGAUUGGGACCGGGAAGGCCCUGCAAGUGCGAGUGAAACAACAACGUGUCUAGAGCGAGACGGACUCAAUGGGACACUUGUUUGCUAUUGUCAACUGAUAAGUGCUUUUAUGGCACUCACAAUAAAGUGCUGGACACAAAGUGAAUUUGACCACUAAGUUUUUUUGUAACAAUAUGUGUAUGUACUAUCGAGGAAACGUCCAGUAGCCGACUUGUACAUACAGUUAUGAGAGUCCGCUACACUCACGAAAGAGGCGUAGUUUUACCCUACACUCAUAAAUUUCCACGAUGGUACAUUUUUGCUGUUCAUUAAAAUUAUAUUUUUUUGGAAAUAAGGAUUAUUGGCUCUUACCUUAUUUAUAAAUGUUUACUUACAUAAGUUAUCUUCUGUUUAAUUGAAGGGACCAUCAGAUGGCAUAUACGUACCUACCUACAUACUAAUGUAGCGUAUUUUAUAUAUUUGCAGGAAUGUAAUCAUGAAAUGGUCAUUGAGUAAUCGAAUAUGAGGUACCAACAUGGAUAAAAUAGUGGUCUCCUAAAUUUAUCUUAUAUUCUUACGUUACUCUACCUUCUUAAUAACUUAGUAAGUAACUAUUCUAGUCAUAAAUACCUUGGUCUAUUUUCAUGAAAACCUCUUCUACUCCUUGUAAAUCCUAUUCACGUACAGCGAAC